ACCUCGCGCGCUCACGACUCCAUUGGCUGUACAUGUAUUUCGUCAUUUCUCUGACUCACGUUUUUUUUGCGAUCAUUUCCUCAGUCUUCGCAGUUGUUUAGAGAACGUAUUACUGUUCGUGAUAUUUUGUUGUUGUUUCUUUCAGUUUAACGGUAGCGUCAGAAAAUGUCACCUUAAGAUAUUUACCUUUUCGUAUCACUUUCUCUUCUCGAGUUAAAGGCGGAGAUUAACAACUUGAGUUGGGUUACCGUGAGAAUUGGCCAUAAAUAUGGCAUCUAAAUCAAGUAUAGACUAUGAGGCAAUUCCAGUAACAGCUUUAAACUGCAAUUUCCGAAAGAAACUGGGGCUGUACUUGAAUCCAACAAACGCGGUGGCAGCAGACUGGAGGGCAGUCGCCGAGAUGAUGGACUAUACCUACCUGGAGAUCAAAAACUUCGAGAAAAGAGAGUAUCCCUUUGAAAAGGUCUUAACGGAGUGGGAAACUCGUCCAGAUGCUACAGUGGCAAAUUUACUGUCGAUUUUAGAAAAAGCGGAAAGGAAAGAUGUCAUAUCAGACCUCAAAGACUUUAUAGAUGAUGACUGCAGGAAGUAUUUGGAAAGACAGCUGAGGAAGCCUGUCCAGGUUCCAGUGGUGGACAGCUGUGGGCCGCGCACACAGGAGCUAGAAGGCAUCACGCUGUGUGAUGAUCCACAAGGACUAACACCGGAGACCUUUGAUGCUUUCAUCUGCUAUUGUAAGAAUGACUUCCAGUUUGUGCAUGAGAUGAUCAAACAGUUGGAACAGACUGAAUACAACCUGAAGCUGUGUGUCUUUGACCGAGACGUCCUUCCUGGCACAUGUGUGUGGACCAUCACCAGUGAGCUCAUAGAAAAAAGGUGCAAAAGGAUGGUGGUGGUCAUUUCUGAUGACUAUCUGGACAGUGAUGCAUGUGAUUUUCAGACAAAGUUUGCACUCAGCCUUUGCCCAGGAGCUCGCUCUAAACGUCUAAUUCCUGUUGUCUACAAAACCAUGAAGAGGCCUUUUCCCAGCAUUCUCCGUUUUCUGACCAUCUGUGAUUACACCAGACCCUGCACACAGGCCUGGUUCUGGACCCGGCUGGCCAAGGCACUCUCACUGCCCUGAUCCUUUCAAUAGACACUGUUAAACGGGUCAUGAACUGCCUUUUCUUUAUUUUGUACUGUUCUCUGAGGUCCACUUAUAAUGUUAUAAUGUCAUUUAGAAGUAAUAGGCUAUUUUCUGUUCUGUUAUGACCCCCUCAUCGAAUCGCUCUGUUUGAAUGGGUAUGGGUUUGGCGGAUUCUAGACUCGGAAGUAAACACCCACUGGUAUGAUUGGCUAACAGUUGUAUGUGUAUGUUUGACAGCCUACACCCUUCACAGAUGGACACUGUUGUGAUUUAGGUUAAAAGUUUUAUAAAUCGCUACAUACCAAACGUUCUGUUUAACAGACGGAGCAAUAGUGACCACGUAAUAAAAACACUUCUAUGU